UUUUCGUGACGACGGCCUGUUCUAGGGCCGUCAUACGGUCAAAGGACCUUCCUCCGAUGCCGGAGCAUGAGUUUGGAUUGACUUUAAACUGCCGCAAUAGAAACUUUGCCAGUUUGUUGUCUUUCAGUCGAAUAGCCUCACUGAGAAGAAACUCCGAGAAAGCCUCAAUGGUCGGCCCACCGAUUGACGAGAGUUGUUCAAGAAUACAAAAAGUUGGCUGUUUUUGAAUCCAAUGAACAACGAUUUCUCC